AUGGCGCCAGCUCCAAUCGACCCCCGGUUCGUCGAUGUUGCAGAGCCCAGGAAAGAUACCUUGGGUCUCCCAGCACCAACUCGCAAACGGCUCGAGAAGGCCGGGAUAGAUCUCUCAGAAGGAUACCCGUAUCGACCAUCCCGGCCUCUUUACUUGGACGAUGUUUACAGCAUCAGGGACUACGAUCGUCCUUACGUAGACCCAGCAACUCGUGCCGACCCUCAGAAGAAGGCUUUAUUUUCGGCUGCGGAGAAAGUAGUCGAUCUCACAAAGCAUAUCGGGACAGAGAUAAUCGGUCUUCAACUGAAGGAUUUGAAUGACAAGCAACGCGAUGAGCUUGGUUUGCUUAUUGCCGAGCGCAGUGUUGUGUUCUUCCGUGACCAGGAUAUCACACCACAACAACAGAAGGAGCUCGGCGAAUGGUUCGGAGAAAUUGAAGUUCAUCCUCAAGUACCCCAGGUGCCUGGUGUCACUGGAGUCACCGUUAUUUGGCCUGAGCUUCAGGCGACGGAAAUGCCUGCCAAUUUCCGUCGUCCAGGAGGAUCGUCCCGCUGGCAUACAGACCUAGUGCACGAGCGCCAGCCAGCUGGGGUUACCCAUCUCCACAACGACACGGUGCCAAACACUGGGGGAGACACCCUUUGGGCAAGUGGGUACGCCGCCUACGAGAAGCUCUCGCCAGCCUUUCGCAAGAUAAUCGAUGGAAAGACGGCAAUUUAUCGCUCUGCGCAUCCAUAUCUCGAUCGUGACCACCCUGAGCGGGGCCCUAGACAUGUGGAGCGCGAGCACCCCCUUGUCCGUGUUCACCCUGGCACGGGAUGGAAAGCCUUGUGGGUAAAUAGAGCCAUGACCGAUAGAAUUGUCGGUCUUGACAAGGCGGAGAGCGAUGUCAUACUGGGAUACCUCUGCGAUGUGUACGAGAAAAACGUGGAUAUUCAGGUGCGAUUCAAGUGGUCGCCAGGAACGAGUGCCCUUUGGGAUAAUAGGAUCACCAUCCACAACGCAAGUUGGGAUUAUGAAGGUAGUGAGCCCAGACAUGGGACUAGGGUUACAGCGUUGGCCGAGAAGCCUUUCUUUGAUCCUAGUGCGCCCACCCGAAGGGAAGGGCUGGGAUUGCUUGGGCCCGACGAGCUAAAGGAGCUGAAAUCCAGUAACAGUUAA